AUCAGAUUCAGAGUCUGUGAAGAGUGACUGGUCUAUGGAUCAUCCACUAAAGCUUAGUGGGCCUGGAUCAGUCCAGCAGCAGAGAUCAGAUUCACCCAGCUUUGUAUCUUUGAAGAGUGACUGGUCUAUGGAUCAUCCACUAAAGCUUAGUGGACCUGGAUCAGUCCAGCAGCAGAGAUCAGAUUCACCCAGCUUUGUAUCUUUGAAGAGUGACUGGUCUAUGGAUCAUCCACUAAAGCUUAGUGGACCUGGAGUCCAGCAGAAGAUAUCACAUUCAUCCAGCUGUGUGUCUGUGAAGAGUGACUGGUCUAUGGAUCAUCCACUAAAGCUUAGUGGACCUGGUUCUGUCCAGCAAGAGAGCUCACUAGAGCCAAGCUGUGUGUCUGUGGCAAGUGACUGGUCUAUGGAUCAUCCACUAAAGCUUAGUGGACCUGGGUCAUUCCUGCCACCCAGACCAGAGGAAACCCAGAGAGAACCCAUCCGUAAGCAGUCAAAAAGUGAGCCAGAUGUUUUCAGAUCAAAUCUGAUGAAGAAGUUUCAGUAUGUGUAUGAGGGAACAGCAGAGCAACAAAGAUCUUAUUCACUCCUGAAUGAGAUCUACACCGAGCUCUAUAUCACAGAGAGUGAGAGUGGAGAGAUCAGUAAUGAGCAUGAGGUGAGACAGAUUGAGACACAAUCCAGGAGAGCAGCAACAGAGGACACAGCCAUCAAAUGCAAUGACAUCUUUAGACCUUUACCUGGACAAGACAAAGCCAUCAGAACUGUGCUGACAAAGGGAGUCGCUGGCAUUGGAAAAACAGUCUCUGUGCAGAAGUUCAUCCUGGACUGGGCUGAAGAGAAAGAGAAUCAGGAUAUCCAGCUCAUAUUUCCACUUCCUUUCAGAGAGCUCAAUUUGUUAUGGGACCAAAAACGGAGUCUUUCAGAUCUUUUGCAGAAGUUUUUCCCUGGAACCGAAGAAAUUAGACCAUUCAAAUAUAAAGUUUUCUUCAUUUUCGAUGGUCUGGACGAGUGUCGUCUCUCUCUGGAUUUUCAGAGCAAUGUAAGGUUGUGGGAUGUAGAUGAAUCAGCCUCAGUGGACGUGCUGCUGACAAACCUCAUUGUGGGGAAUCUGCUUCCCUCUUCUCUCAUCUGGAUCACCUCCAGACCAGCAGCAGCUGAUCUCGUCCCCUCUGAGUGUGUCCAUCGAGUGACAGAGGUACGAGGCUUCAAUGAGCCACAGAAGGAGGAAUACUUCAGGAAGAGAAUCAGUGAUCAGAGUCUGGCCAAUACAAUCAUCUCACACCUGAAGUCAUCAAGGAGCCUCUACAUCAUGUGCCACAUCCCAGUGUUAUGCUGGAUCUCAGCCACUGUUCUCGAGAAGAUGUUGAGUCAAGCAGAGAGUGGAGAGAUUCCCAAGACUCUCACUCAAAUGUAUACACACUUCCUGAUCAUUCAGACCAACAUCAAACGUAAGAAGGACUACGGGAAGAAGGUGACAGAUGAAGACAUGAUUCUCAAACUGGGGAAACUGGCAUUUCAGCAGCUUGUGAACGGCAACCUGAUCUUCUAUGAGGAAGACCUGAGAGAGUGUGGCAUUGAUGUGACAGAAGCAGCAGUGUACUCGGGAUUGUGCACUCAGAUCUUCAGAGAGGAGCUGGGAUUGCAUCAGGGGAAAGUCUUCUGCUUUGUUCAUCUGAGCAUUCAGGAACACCUAGCAGCUCUAUAUGUGCAUCUCUGCUUUACAGACAAGAAAAUACAUGUGUUUGGACAAAGCAACAAACAGCAAAAUCCAGCAAAGCAUGUUUCAUUAUCUGAGCUGCAUCAGAGAGCUGUGGAUGAGGCUGUACAGAGUAAAAAUGGACAUCUGGAUCUUUUCCUCCGUUUCCUUCUGGGGCUGUCAGUGAAGGUGAAUCAGAUUCUACUACUACAACUAAUGACAUUGAGAGUAAGCAGCUCUGACAGCAAUGAGAAAACAGUUGAGUACAUCAAGAAGAAGAUCAGAGCCAUUGACUCUCCAGAGAGAUCCAUCAAUCUGUUUCACUGUCUGAAUGAAGUGGGUGACCAUUCACUAGUGGAGGAAAUACAUCAGUUUCUGAAAUCUGGAAGAAUGCACCGAGCCAAACUCUCUUCAUCUCAGUGGUCGGCUGUAGUUUUUGUGUUGUUGACAUCAGAGAAGGAGCUGGAUGAAUUUAAUAUUAAUAAUUUUUUUGGAGGAAACAAUAAAAUGGAAAAACUGGAAGUAACUGAGAAGCUGCUGCCUGUGAUUAAAGAAUCCAGAUCAGUACAGUUGAGUGAUUGUGGAAUCACAGAUAAAGGUUGUGCUGCUCUGGUUUCGGCUCUGAGUUCAAACCCCUCACACCUGAGAGAACUGAAUCUGUCUGACAAUAAUCUAGGUGAUUCAGCAGUGAAGCAGCUCUCUGGUGUACUACACAAUCCUCACUGUAAACUGGAGAUACUGAAGUUGAGGAACUGUGGUGUCACAGAUAAAGGUUGUGCUGCUCUGGCUUCAGCUCUGAUAUCAAACCCCUCACACCUGAGACAACUGGAUCUGACUGAUAAUAGAAAUAUAAGUGCUUCCGGAGUGAAGCAGCUUUCUGAUGCACUGCAGAAUCCUCAAUGUAAACUGGAGAAACUGUGGUUGAUUAAUUGUGGUGUCUCAGAUGAAGGUUGCUCUGCUCUGGCUUUAGUUUUAAAAACAAACCCCUCACAUCUGAGAGAUCUGAACCUGUCUCAGAAUAAAAUAAGAAAUUCAGGUAUGAAGCUGCUUGCUGUUGGACUGGAGGAUCCUCACUGUAAACUGGAGAAACUGUGGUUGAGGAACUGUGGUGUCACAGAUAAAGGUUGUGCUGCUCUGGCUUCAGCUCUGAUAUCAAACCCCUCACACCUGAGACAACUGGAUCUGACUGAUAAUAGAAAUAUAAGUGCUUCCGGAGUGAAGCAGCUUUCUGAUGCACUGCAGAAUCCUCAAUGUAAACUGGAGAAACUGUGGUUGAUUAAUUGUGGUGUCUCAGAUGAAGGUUACUCUGCUCUGGCUUUAGCUUUAGCUUUAAAAUCAAACCCCUCACAUCUGAGAGAUCUGAAGCUGUCUAAGAAUAAAAUCGGAAAUUCAGGUGUGAAGCUGCUUGCUGUUGGACUGGAGGAUCCUCACUGUAAACUGGAGAAACUGUGGUUGUGUGAGUGUGGUGUCACAGAUAAAGGUUGUGCUGCUCUAGCUUCAGCUCUGAUAUCAAACCCCUCACACCUGAGACAACUGAAUCUGACUGGAAAUAAACGAGGAGAUACUGGAAGGAAGCUGCUUAAUGAUCUAAAGAAUGAUCCAUGUUGUAAACUGGAGAGCCUGGGCCAAUAUUGUGAGUAUAUUCUUAUUUAAAUAUAUAAAUACCUGUUACGGGAUGUACGUGAGCCCAUUCAUUUGGAUUAAGCCAUAUGUCGGUUUUGUAGUCUGUUUUGCAAACUGGUAAACUGAUUUUCCAUGAUUUUAACAACAGAACAGAUUCUUUUUUAUGCUUUUGAAUUUGGUAAAUGGUGGAUUGACAAAUCAAUAGAUUGGAAUCAUAGAAUUAUAGGCUGUUUCCAAAAA